AUGGCUUCUUUACGCAAGAAUGGCAUCUGGGGCUACCAGAUAUUUCCGUAUCUGAUUUCCUGGCCAGAAGAAGCACAGAGCUGUCCAAAAGUUACAAAGCGUGUGUUCUUUGAUGUGAAGAUUGGAGACAAAGAUGUUGGCAGAAUUGUAAUUGGAUUGUUUGGAAAAGUUGUCCCAAAGACUGUGGAGAACUUCAUUGUGCUGGCAACUGGAGAAAGAGGAUAUGGAUACAAAGGAAGUAAAUUUCAUCGUGUGAUCAAAGACUUCAUGAUUCAAGGAGGAGACUUUACAGCUGGAGAUGGAUCAGGAGGAAGAAGCAUCUAUGGAAAAAGAUUUCCAGAUGAGAACUUCAAGCUCAAACACUAUGGAAUUGGAUGGGUUAGCAUGGCUAAUUCUGGCCCAGACACCAACGGAUCCCAGUUCUUCAUCAGUGUGACAAAGCCUUCCUGGUUAGAUGGAAAACAUGUAGUAUUUGGCAAAGUCCUUGAUGGAAUGUCUGUGGUACACUCGAUAGAACUCCAGCAGACGGAUGAACAUGACCGGCCCCUUGAAGACUGUGUGAUUGUGAACAGUGGCAAAAUAGCUGUAAAAGAACCAUUUGUAGUUGAAGUAGGUGACUGGUGAGACCAACAGACAGAAUGGAAAGUAAAACUUAAUCACUUUUCUUUAAGACCUGUUUUUGACCGAUCUCAACUAUACAUUGAGUUUUCCCCUCAAAACAUGAGGCUAUAUUUAGAUGGUAUGUAUCAUUUGCCAAAUAUAUUAAAGAUAUGACCAUUUCUAUAACACCUUGAUGGAGCUGUCGCUCCUUGAAAUUCAAGACGUAUCCCACUAAGUCCUAGAUCUUGCAGAAGAAGUCUGUCAUGAAAAAUUUUAGAAGUACUUCUAUUCUUUCAAGGUUUGAAGUACAGUAAUUUUGUUCUCUGUGGAAAUCUUUGCAUUAUUUGUUUCCGCCUUUUCAACUGAAAACACUAUUUUCUGUAACAGUAUCAGCAUUUUUAAAAAUGGAAAAAAAAUAAAAAACAGAAGUGUUUUGAAUAAAUAAACUUCGAUUUCAAA